AUGCUGUAUCCUGCAAAUACCAUUAUUACCAAAGAAGGAUGGAAGGGGCAGGAAAUAUUUAUUCUUGUUCAUGGACAGUAAGUACAUUGUACAAAUUGAUAUUAUAUUCCUUCUUGUGUCACGUGUAAUUGGUUCAAUUCAGAUUUUUUUUUAUAGUUUGAACUGCUUUAAGACUGAGUGACUGCCCUAAAGUGAAUAAUACAUGUAUAAAAGAAUAGUUCUAGACCCUCUGUUCAAUAACACAGUGGAACACGUAUCUAUGUGACUACCUCUUAUUAGAUUCGAAACAUCAAAAUUUUCCUGGUCAAAGCUCUGUAACAAAGUUAAACCUCUUAUAACAGACUAACCUUUUCAUUGUUUUUAACUUCUUGUAAUUAACCACUUGCCGCAUGGUCUGACCUCUGACCUGCUCCUUGUUCAUUGAAUGUACUACUCUACUGAAAGUAUACAAAGAACUUCCACUGACAAAUUGAAACCACACAUAUCAUAGCUUAGAAAUUAAGUGCAAUAAAUUCUCUUCCAAAAAGAAAAUGUGUCACGACCUUUCUCGGAAGAGACCCCUUGUGAUUUGAUUUCCAUGAGUGACUAUCUCCCAUAAGCAACCACUAAAUUGCAUUUUGGGCGGUGACUUAUGGGAGGUUUCACACUUUAUAAUGGGCAGUCUCUUGGUGUUGGGGACAGGUGCGAUCAGCAAAUGACGUAAUACAAAAACAUUAAAAGUACACCGCACAAUACCCACACCACAACACAAUAGCUAACCAACAAUAGUUUUCCGCAACACUAAGAAAAACCUGUAUAAUGCACCGUGCCCAAAUAGACCAGGCACUGAUAAGGUGGUGACUGGCAAUCUUUACAGUAAAUAUAGGGCACUAAUUUUUAUUUGCCUUUGCCUUAGAACCUUUAUGAUGAUCCAAGGGAAAAGAAAAACUAGCAUUCAGUUGUUUAGGAAUUUUCAAACCAAAGAAAAAUUUGAACCACUUUGAACUGAGACAACGCUCAAUAUGAACUCACUGGUUGCUCUAUUUGUACUCAACAGGGUUACCUUUUCCACAGGGGACCAAGAGCUUGCUACAUUUGCUGCUGGAGAAAAAGGCUUUUCCUUUGGUGAAGAAGGUAUGUUGUUAUUAACCGCCUUUAAGGGGCUAUACAUGUAUGUAUAUGACACCACAGUUAAGGAGUGA